AUGCGUCAGAACGAUGCAUCCCAUAAACUUUGUAUUAGUGACAGCCCGACAUAUAUUAUGAUAGGUAUAUCCUGGCAAUUAGCUUAUCGAGUAUUUCUAAUCGAAUGUUUUAUCAUGUUUCUUGUAGAAGUAGUCAAAAAUGAGCUAAUGUGGAGUCAUCGCAGAUUAAGUUGGAUCAUCAUUUCGCUUUGUAGCGUUUUGAUACACGUCACGAUAGCCAAUCCCAUUUACGUUCCACAAUUUUUACCAAGUAGUACUGGAAGAAACAUUCGACAUUUGCCAUGCGUGUCACGUAGAUCAGGCGAGACCGGAAUUUGCAUGUUUGCGUUCACUUGUGCAAAAGCGAACGGCACGCAUCUUGGAACAUGCAUCGAUCGUUUCUAUUUCGGUAGUUGUUGCAAGAUCGACGAAGAGCCGGACGUUGGACCUCAAGACAACAGCAUCGACGAUGGACCGCCAGCAGCGUCAAGGCCGUUCAUCACUACUCACAGUCCUAUCGAGAGCAAUGACAUACCCCCAUAUUUUCCAAGGCCAAAGCCUAAUGACCAAAGCAAACCAUCUGGUACAUUCACCACAGUGGCUACUACGAUCACUCAAGCUACGCAAAGUACAAAAAGUACAUUGGAUCCACAGAUAGGUAGUACAAAGAUUGUUACGAAGAAACCUACGAUACAGACUAUAGAAACAACGACCCAAUCGAUUCGUUUAUCGACUUUCCAAACAGUUCAAAAUAGCUCCUAUGAAAAAUUCACUACAACUGUACCAUUUAAAAAUGUCACUAAGAUUUCAACAGAAAAUACGAAUUAUUCGUCAAAUAUGUCUAACAAUUCGACUAUUCCUAAUAAAUUAUCAGUUGGUAUUACAACUCAGAAGCCAACAGUUCCUUACAAAAUAUCGACUUCAGUCGCAACGAAAAGACCAAUUGUUGGUACGUCGAAACCAACGACGAAAAAACCCUUACAUACGAGUACUCAAACGACGAGUACUCAAACGACGAGCACUCAACGACCGAUACAAACGACCACGUCGAAAAUUAUUAUUACAACUACACAAAAGAUUGUACCUUCUACAAGAUUUCCACCAAGAAAUACAACAUCGGUCAAGCCGGUGACUCAACAAUCUACCAAGAGACCAUCUAUCGGUAGCACAAAAAGACCCCUCACCACAAGCACGAAAAGGCCUACCUUGUCUACCAAAAAACCAACUCUACCUACUAAAAAACCAACGACUGUUCCAGCAAAUUCUUCGAUCGGUUCCAGUCAUGGUACAACGGCAACGACGACAACGACAACGACAACAGCAUCAAUUUAUUCGACGUCUAAUAAAGUGAGACCAACGUUCACGACAAUUGAAAAUAAUCUUUUAUCUUCAACCGAAGAGAUGAAGGUAACUUCAGCAACGGAAACUACAGAUUUCGUAACUCGAAAACCGAUUACAAUUACCACCACCGAGAAACCGAUUUAUCAUAAAAUCACGAUUAAACCAAAACCAACGAUUUCUAGGCCAGUUGUAACAACAGUGAUCAGUACGAAACCUACUAAAAUCAAUACAAUAAUAACUACUGAUAAACCCGAAACAUCUUUUACCACAGAAAAGACUAUUUAUCAAAGUUCAGCCAGUAAUUCAACUUUGGAUAUCAGCAAGCUAAAGCCAACUGAGAGUCCAACUAAGACUACGAUAAAGCCUAUUAGGAUCACAACACCUAGCUCAGUCUCUAUCGAUAGCUUCAUUAGUUCCUCUUCUUCGAGUGUAUCUACUCAGAGUACUACUACAACAAGCAGCAAGAUAUCUUCUAUCAACCAGACUUUUGAAAAAGUUCCACAAACUACCCCAUCAUCUGGUUUGGUCACAUGGUCUUCUCAUUCCGACGAGACACCCACUAAACCAUCCGACGUUUUAUCGACAACCAAGAUACACGAUGGAAUAACGGAAAACGAAUGGACACCUAUAACCACGCCGGAUGGUUGGGUAAUGAUCCAAUCACCACCGACGACUGCUGAAACAUCCUCGGGAAAUCCGGAAAGCUCUACGAUUAAAUUGCAAUCUGUAUCGUCCACUACAUCAUCAUCUACCACACCUGUGAGAUCAACAACGGAAACUACAACGACGACGGAACAAGUUACGGAGACGUCAACGGUUCUAACUACUUUGUCAAACCUUGCAACUAUUUCUGUUGAUACGGAAACCCCGAUAUCGAUAGAAACUUUAAAUAUGUCGGACUAUAAGCAAGUUUGCGGAAGGAGAAUAUUUCCCGAGUCGAGGAUCGUGGGUGGCAGUCCAAGUACGUUUGGCAAAUGGCCCUGGCAGAUCUCCUUACGUCAAUGGAAGACGUCAACUUAUUUGCACAAGUGUGGAGCUGCUUUGUUAAACGAGAAUUGGGCUAUUACCGCAGCGCAUUGCGUUGAAAACGUAUCUCCGGCAGAUUUAUUAUUGAGGAUUGGUGAACAUGAUCUAGCGAACGAGGAAGAACCCUAUGGGUUCCAGGAAAGGCGAGUACAAAUCAUUGCGAGUCAUCCACAAUUCGAUCCAAGAACAUUUGAAUACGAUCUAGCACUUUUGAGAUUUUACGAGCCACUUCCGACUUUCCAGCCAAACAUUUUGCCGAUUUGUCUUCCGGAUGACGAUGAAACUUACGUUGGUCGUACGGCUUAUGUUACUGGAUGGGGAAGACUUUACGAUGAAGGUCCAUUACCAUCGAUCUUACAAGAAGUUGCAGUACCGGUUAUAAAUAAUACGAUUUGCGAAUCUAUGUAUAGAAAUGCCGGUUAUAUCGAACACAUACCACAUAUCUUCAUUUGUGCUGGAUGGAGAAACGGUGGUUUUGAUUCAUGCGAGGGUGAUAGUGGUGGUCCGAUGGUAAUUCAAAGGGCACGAGAUAAACGAUGGAUUUUAGCAGGAAUUAUAAGUUGGGGAAUAGGUUGUGCUGUACCAAAUCAACCUGGCGUUUACACGCGUAUUUCCGAAUUUCGCGAAUGGAUCAAUCAAAUUUUACAAUUUUAAUUCGAUCAAUGGAAAAGUGCGAACGCGCAAAAUCUACGAAUGGCCUGUGCAAACUGGACGAACUUUGAUCUCCACAGGAGGACUAACAAAAAAAAAAAAAAACAAAAAGAAGGAAAAAUUCGUAGCUAGGAUUUCGAAUUUGCCGGUAAAGUGAAAAUAAUCGUGAAACGCGUUUACGGAUGCCACCUGACGUUAAUGUUUCGAAAUCGCGAAAAAAAACGUUGGAUAAGUGAGCUAUCUGUACUACCAACAGCGACGUUAUUUUACAACGAAAGUUAAGAUUUGUACGAUAUGUGGCGUCACGUUUUCUAAUCUGAAGUGAAUCUUGACGUCUUCGUUUUCCCUCAAAAUCGCGCCUUUAUUCGAAUAUCGACCGAAGGAUAAGUCUAAUUAUCGUGUGUUUUUUUUUUCUUUUUUUUUUUUUUUAAUUACAAGUUAAACGUGCAAUACAAAUGGAUGAAGAAAAAAAAUUAGAUGAUAUUCUUUUUAAAAUUUGUUAUUUUCCUUUAAUUGAAAAACAAAAGGAAAAAAAUUUAACAUAGGUGAUAAACUCGAACACGCUUCGGGCUAAAUGCAAUAAUGUCGAAUGGAAAAGUGCUAUGUGACAGCGAGAUAAUAAAUCGAAAAUGAUUUUUCAUAUUUACACUUCGAUAUCAAUUGAUGGACUUAGCAACGUAUCUGGAUAUUGAUGAGCAAUGAUAUUCACUCGAGCAUAUUUUAUAAUAUUUAAAAUAUCCGAGAGGAAAAGUUAUUCCCGAUAAUGGUUUUAUUUGCAUACGUGGAACUGAUAGUUACGCGCUUCAUUGAACUCGAUUUAUAUGCAAUAAUUCUUCUCGAAUAGAAUAUUUUUAUAUAUUCCUCGUGUCAAAACUUCGUAAACACGUUUUCUUUUCUUCCUUCCCUUCUAUAUCGCGAUUCUACUUGUUUUUAUUUUAUUUUUUACACAAAAACUUUUACUCACGCGCGACCUACGAUGAUUUUUUUUAUAGGAAAACAAUUAAAUAUUUUCUAUAUAAACGUCAACGCCAUGAAAAAGACACGUCUCCUCUGAUAACAAUUAAAUUUGUAUUCACACGGGGGAUGAUAUGUACGAACGUUAAAUCAAAUUCAUCGUUAUUUAUUUUACGACUACGA